AUGGCAGAUCCAUUUGCAAACCUCUUUUCUACUUUUAAAGGUGGAGAAAAAGACGUCGAUACUGAGAAAUCGCGACCAGGCGUCGCUUUAAGCUCUCAAAAUGUCCCCCAUUCCGGAUUAGACCGAAAACUCUCGAAGAACACUGAACUAGACGAACUUUUCGAGUCCAAAACCGUGGCUAGUAGCAAAAAGACUGUUGCAGACGAUUUGGAUAGUGCGUUUGAAAUGUUCAAUUCCCCACCGCCGCCUCAAUUGCCAGAGGCAUCGAUCGAAGCCGUGACACAGCAGCAACAGACGCCUACGCCUGAACCGUACAUAGUGGACGAAGUUAAAGACAUGGAAAUCGCCAAACUCAUGUCGCUUGGGAUGGAUUGGGAAAAGGCUGCCAGCCACUACGAUCGGGGCAUUCUAUAUGACCGUCUUGUAGAGAAAAAAAUCGCCAGAAAAUCCGCUGCGAGACAGGCCAACCCUAUACCGUCAGAGGAGCCAGAUCUGUUCUCCCUAGCGUCUGGUUGGCUAAACAAGGGGCGAACGUUUUUGGACUCUACGUUUAGACAGCCUUCGGACUCACAAUCUGUGUCCUUGAGCCAACAAAUUGCAGCCCGGUCAGAAUACAGCAACAGUCCUUUCCUACGCAAUUCCUCCACAAACUCGUCCACGUCCAAUGUGUUCGGAAGAGACUCAUCGACAGAUAAUCGGUCGUCAUCACCAGUGCCAGCUCUCCCGUCUAGACCGUCUAGACCGUCUAGAUCGCCAGGAUCGCCAAGAACUAACAGCCCAGCCCUAUCCGAGAAAAGCGACUCGUUGCCAGCUUCCUUGGUUGACUUUGAGGCGCCAGCUAACGUUCAACAGAACGAAGAGGAAAAACUACUGGAUUUCGAUUCGCCGGCCAAACUCCGACAGGAAAAUGUCACCCUUAGCGCGCACCUUUCGCCUAUUGAGCUCCACAGUUACCAAGAGUUCAAAAACAAGGCAUCUAAGGCUUUUGUAGCCGGUGACUACGAUUUAGCCUUGCAGAACUAUGAAAAGACGAAUAACACUUUGCCUGCUGGCCAUCCUUGGCGCACGGUCUCAUUGUCGAAUAUGAUUGUCUGCCAACUGAAACUGGGACAAUAUCGACAUGCGAUCCAAGGCGCAUCUGAAGCAUUGGUUGGGAUACCCUCACAGGACCUGGAUCAGGAAAUUCCGUCAAUGGUUCCAGUGAAAACUUACAAAGAUAUAUGGACGAAAGUUCAAUCAAACAAGGCAGAAGCUCUCGAAGCAACGGAAGACUACAAAAACGCUUUUGCAACUUACCAACUACUGAUCGAGAAAGGGAUGGCAUCCAAAAAGAUCCUAGAUGGCAGGUUACGCUGUCAGAAAGUUUUGGAGCCUGAGAAGUUUAAAGCGCCUCCACAAACAAGAACUAAAAUCAAAUCGGUGACUUCCAAUGCUAGCUCUAGGUCCCCUUCAACUUCAGUGCCACCCAAUUCCACACAGUCCCAAACUCAACAAACCAGCGAAUUAGAAGAACAAAGAUUUCUCCUGCAUGACAAAGUUGAGCAGCGAGUUUUCUCAUGGUCAAGCGAUUAUGAAAACAACUUACGUGAGUUACUUUCACGACUACAUUUGAUUUUGGAUUGGUGUGACUGGAAAGAAGUUCCUUCCUCGACGUUGGUCAUGCCCAAAAAAGUGAAGAUUACUUAUUUGAGGGCUGCCGCCAAGACGCACCCUGACAAGAUACAAGAAUCAUGGCCUUUGGAAAGAAAAAUGAUUGCAGAACAUGUUUUUGUAAUUUUGAGUAAAGCCUGGGAGCUUUUUAAAGAGGAACAUAACAUUUCAUGA